AUGGUUAUAAUCACGGUGAUUGUGAUGGUCAUGAUUGUGAUAAGCACGGCGAUAGUGGUUGUGAUGACCAUUAUGGUGUUAAGCACGUUAGUGGUGGUUAUGUUGGUGAUGAGCACAGUGGUGGUGGUGAUUGUCAUGAUGGUUAUGAGCACGGUGGUUGGUGGUGAUGGUGAUGAUUGUGAUAAGCACCGUGGUGGUGGUGAUCAUGAUGGUGAUGAGCAAGAUCAUGGUGAUGGUGGUGAUUGUCAAGAUGGUUACGAGCGCAGUGGUGGUGGUGGUGUUCGUGAUGGUGAUGAGCGCGAUGGUGGUUGUCAUGAUGGUGUUGAGAGCGGUGGUGAUGGUGGUCAUGAUGGUGAUAAACACGUUGAUGGUGGUAGUUAUGAUGGUGAUGUGUAUGGUGGUGGUGGUUGUCAUGUUGAUGAUGAGCAUGGCGAUGGUGGUGGUCAUGAUGGAUAUAAGCAUGAUUGUGAUGAUUGUCAUGAUGUGGUGAUGGUGGUCAUGAUGAUGAUGAGAACGGUGGUGAUGGUUUUGGACAUGAUGAGGAUGAACAGGAUGAUAUAUGGUGAUUGUCUUCGUGAUGAUGAGCAUGGUGGUGAAGAUGGUCAUGAUAGUGAUAAGCACUGUGGUGCCCGUGGUGAUGGCCAUGAUGGUAAUAAGUAUGGUGGUGGUGGUGGUUAUGUUGGUGAUUAG